UGUCCAACUCGAGAUGGCACAUCGUCCGGAGCUGUCUCCGCAAACGUCGGAGCUGGGCCCGAGCCCGCCACCGUCGACGUCAACGGACGUGGUGAAGGCGUCCAAGCGGCGCCAAGAGUGUCUCCAGAACCAGCGCCGGUACCGGCUUCGGAAGAAGAAGAAGUUUGAGGCCAAGGCCGAGCAGCUCAGCGAGCUCCAUAUUGAACUCAAGCGGCUCCAAGACCACGCGCAUCUGCUCAAGGCCAAGCUGCUCAUGCGCUUCAUCGAGGCGGGCAUGCAGCGCUCCAACACGAUCGCGGCCUACUGGGAGCUCUUUCGGCUGGGCCUCGCCGACAUCAAUGGCCGGUACUACACGCAGCAGAUCGACUUUAUCCGCAAUCGCAUGCACGACGACAUGUACGUCAACGGCGUCCAGGGCGCGAGCAACCUCCUCGACCAGUGGCACGCGUGCCACUCGCUGCUGUCGCACUUUGACGCGCCCAACAUGCAGAUCCAGGUCUUCGGCGCGGAGCAAGAGUACAUUGUGACGACCGGCAUUAUCCUCGCCCAGUUCAACCGCGACUCCAUUGCCCUCAUCUUUCCGCGGCUCUUGGCGCGCGAGGACUUGGUGCAGCUGCUUCUUCAGCGCCCGGUGCCGUGCCCACUGCGUGUCUCGUGUCACUUUGCGGGCGGGAAGGUCCAGAGCAUGGACAUCGACAUCAACAUCAUUGAAGGCCUCCGCCGAUGUGUUUCGGACCAAAUCAACGCCGCCGAGUUCUACAGCGUCCUCGAAGGCGCCGCCGCCGCCUCGCACAUGACACCCAACGGGCUCGUGGACCAGCAAACGCUCGAGCACAUGGCGCUCGAGCUCGUGCCUGAUGACGCCGCGUCCGUGUAGGUAUAAGCGAGGGCAUAUGCUAGUAGUAUUACAUGUUGCAGAAACUCUAUAUGAACGCUGAAUUUCAAGCGAGACAUCCGAGAUUUUGUACUCCCCGAG